AUGUGGUCUUCUCAGUUAUUAUCUAGUACAAAAAUUAAGUCAGAUUAUCCAUUAGAACCUAAAACAUGUAGUACACCAAAAUUUAUUCAUGUUAAAAAUGAUCAUUACAUACUAGCUACGGCCAUCACAAGUCCUCAUCUAUCAAAACAUGUAGAAGAUAAAAUUUUUAGUCAACGAUCAGUAUCAACACAUUCACAUAAGAUAAUUAGAGAAAAACUACAGCAACAACGACGACAACGAACAAGAAUUAAUACAAGUACAGGGAUUAAUCGAUUUACAUAUAAUUCUAAAAUGACAGAAAUAACGAGACAGAAAAAACGAAAACAUUUUGGAUGGUUAUAUUCAAAAACAAAACUAUUUUCCCUAUCGAAGUUGUUAUCAAAAAGAAGAAAGACAGUGUAUCAUGUAUAA